AUGUUAGGAAAUGUCAUUCCUAGGGAUCUAUGGAAAACGUGCUUCAGGAAAGCCAUCUCAGGUGGUCACGAUGAGGUCUUUCAGCUUCUUAUGAAUAAAGCUCCUGAUGUUCUGUCGAAGACGGACUACUGCGAGGCUCUCCUGAAAGCCUCAUACGUGGGAAGCGAAGGCGUGAUAGAUGUACUGGCUUCGAAGGUCCAGCUUAUUCCGAACAGCCAAGCCGUGAUGGAUGAGGCCCUGUGA